AGGACAGCACCUUGAGCAGUGUAAUAAACCAUGGUAAAUACGCCCACGUCGUUAUCGCCACAUCUACAGGACGCCGCGUCAAGUCCACCGCGUGUCUUUUCAUUCAUACUGAGACAAUCGAGACGUUACAUCUCCGCUGCGAUGCCAAGGAGGUGAGAUAAAGCCGCCGAAAUGAGCGACACAGCCGAAAUAACAACAACAACCGGGCCCGUAACCCGCAAGAGAAGGACGACCGUAGCGGGCAAUGGGAAACAGGCGAACGGGGCUAAGUGGCAAGAAGCCGGGGAGAAGCCUCCGCAGAGAGCCGCCAAGGGGAAGAUGGAGCAGGUGUCUAAACGGACCAGUCAUAACAAUAAUGGAAAACUGGACAGGAGCAUGGAAACAAUAGGACAACAUCAUCAACACUUCUCAGACAGCUCCAAGAAAGAGAAAAGUGUGGUGGAGGACAUCAAUGAAAAACUCAGUUGUCACACUCUUCAAGAGUCUCUGUUGAGCUCAGCCAGUGGCUACAGUAACUACAGGGGAAUCCUGAACUGGUGUGUUGUCAUGUUGGUGCUGAGUAAUGCACGCCUCUUUUUGGAAAACAUCAUUAAAUAUGGGAUCCUGGUCGACCCAAUUCAAGUGGUGUCGCUGUUCUUGAAGGAUCCCUAUAGUUGGCCCUCAGCCUGCCUCAUUAUUGUGUCCAAUGUGUUUAUUUUGGCAGCUUUGUACAUUGAGAGACGUUUGGCUGUGGGCACAAUUUCAGACACCACAGGACGAAUACUGCAUAUGUUUAACCUGACAGCUCUUUUGGUGUUUCCAUCAUCGACUGUCCUGACUCUCACCUCUAUGACUCCAGUGGGUGGAGUACUGUCCCUUGCCAUCUACACUAUUCUCUUUCUGAAGCUGUAUUCAUACCAGGACACAAACAGGUGGAACAGAGAGAUUAGACUUGCCAAAGCCAAAAGACUCACAAGGUCUCAUUCAUGUCCUUCUGUGGCCCAGUCCAAUGGUUCCGCUGUGCACAGUAUAGUCUCCUAUCCUGGCAAUCUCACACAUAGAGAUAUGUAUUACUUUGUAUUUGCCCCAACCCUUUGCUACCAGCUUAACUUUCCACGAUCACCACGGAUACGGAAAAGAUUUCUAUUGAGGAGACUUUUUGAAAUGCUUUUUCUUAUGCAACUUUUGGUGGGAUUAAUACAACAGUGGGUGGUUCCAACUGUACAAAACUCUAUGAAACCAUUUAAGGAAAUGGACUUUUCUCGAAUGGUGGAACGAUUGCUUAAGUUAGCUGUCCCAAACCAUUUGAUCUGGUUGAUCUUCUUCUACUGGUUUUUUCACUCCACUCUGAAUUUUGUGGCCGAGCUGCUGCAGUUUGGGGACCGGGAGUUUUACAGAGACUGGUGGAACUCGGAGACCGUAACAUAUUUCUGGGCCAACUGGAACAUCCCAGUUCACAAGUGGUGCCUCAGACACUUUUAUAAGCCAAUGUUGAAGAAAGGGGUGAAUAAGUUUUUGGCUCAAACUGCAGUCUUUCUUGUUUCUGCUUUCUUCCACGAGUACUUGGUAAGUAUCCCACUGAAGAUGUUCAGACUAUGGGCCUUUAUGGGGAUGAUGUUUCAGGUUCCUCUUGCCUGGUUCGUGGGCCGUUACCUGAAUGGUAUCUACGGAAAUGCUGCUGUCUGGAUGUCGCUCAUCAUUGGUCAGCCCGUCGCAGUGCUGAUGUAUGUCCACGACUACUAUGUCACUCACUAUGGAGGCCCCACAUGAUAAAGAGCAAACAGUAUAAUGCCAACUACUGUAUCAGAAGUUCACAGCAAUCAAGUCUAUGAAGCUGCCACACACUUUUGGGAGAAAAGUGUUAUUUGCACAUUAAUGAAUCACUUUUUAAUAGAAAGUGACUUGAUUGUACUUCGCCAAUAACUUUAAGUGGCCUGUUUCCUAUGUCUUUAAACAUGGGCCAAAUAAAAAUAAUUAUAUUACUUUUUUUUCUUUACUUUAUACAACAAAAUAAAUGCAAAAGUUUAAUUUAGUAUUUAAUAAAAUAAGACUAUGCACUGCCAUGGAAAUAUAUUGGUCACAUAGAAACAGUGUUUUGAAAGAAAGCCUUUUGUAUAUCAAAAUGAUAGAUUGUAUUGUGUAAAUAAUACAUUUCAAGUGCAUCAUUACUUUAGAAAUUAAGUAAAUAAAACAUAAAAACUUCUAAUUGAGAUAUUUGUAAAUAUUGUGUUUAGAUGAUGAACAAACAGACUUGUUCCUGUGUUCAUCAAAUGCAAUAUCAAUGCAAGCUAUGUAAGCUGGUGUAGCAGUCGUUAAUGUAGAUCUUGGCUUUAUGCUUUUUUAAGUUGCCAAAAUAUUUCUAGUUUACACUGUAUAUUAUCUGACAAAGUAAAGUUUGUGAUGUUUUUGCACUAUUCAUAUGCAGGCAUAGACAUAAGUUAAUGACCAGAAGGCAUUUAAAUUAUGAUUUAUAAAUCCAUAUGUUUUUGAAGUAAUAUAUAUUUUUGUAGACCUUUUGAGAAUAUGUUUUAAUUUAAGUGAAGAGAAAAGCUGAUUUAGGAGGAAAUUACAUUGAGGAGCCAUUUAGUUUUCAUACGACAUUUAAGUGCUAUUGGGGUUUAGAUUAUAUUGUUUGAGUACUAAACUCAGUGACUGCUGGAAGUAAUUUUUAAAUGAACAUUGGACCAAUAGAAACUAUUAAAAAGAUAGUCCAUGUAACCACUGCUACUGACAGGAAUAAAUAUGUCUACCGCUAUAGCUUUACAAAAGCCUGCUUUUGACUAUUUUGCCUUUGUUUUUGAUUGUUUAAAUGUAUUAAUAAUGUAUGUUUAUUUGUACUAUUAAUUAUGUCUCUUUCUGUGUACACAAAUACAAUGUAUAUUAUUUCUAUGAUUUGAUGUUGUAUGGACUUUUUGUCCAGUACCACUUGUGCAUCUACUUUGCAUAAAAUCCAAAGACAGUCACUUAAUAGAAUAAAGUUAUAAUAACCAAU